CUUAUAUCUGCUACAUUCACACUCGUUCUAUUUAUCAGCUGUCAUUUUCUUAACCUAUUUCAUUUUUUAUCAUCACUGACAUAAAAAAAAAAUGUCGUGAUUCAGUCAUCAGUUGUGACAAAUAAUAAAAAUCACUACUCCACCUCUCUCAUAAUAAUAAUAAAUAAAUUAAUUAAUUAAUUAACCGUACCACUGACAUUAAAAAAAUAAUGCCGGCUUAUCAUUCAAGUUUCACUAAAUGCGAUGCAUUACUUGGUAACACAGCAUUGUUGCCAUUAAAAACAAGUUUCCGAGGACCAGCACCAACUUGCCCACCUGAUACUGAGCUUGACAUCAUUGACGAAGCCCUUUACUUUUUCAAAGCCAAUGUGUUCUUCAGAACUUAUGAAAUUAAGAGUGAAGCUGACAGAUUGCUGAUUUACAUAACUCUGUACAUUACUGAAUGUCUGAAACGCUUGCAAAAAUGUGCGACUCAAAAUCAAGCAUUAACGGAAAUGUAUUCAUUGGCAAUAUCGAAAUUUGAUAUUCCUGGUGAUCCUGGAUUUCCAUUGAACUCCGUUUAUGCCAAACCCAAUAGUCCUGCUGAAGCUGAUCAAAUGAGACACUACUUACAACAAGUGCGUCAAGAAACAUCAGCAAGACUUGUAGAAAAAGUUUACAGCGACAAUGGGAAGCCAAGCAAAUGGUGGCUGUGUUUUGCCAAAAAGAAAUUCAUGGACAAGUCUCUCUCUGGACCCGGUCAAUAAAUAAUUAAAUUGUUAUCAACUAUUACUUCUAAUUAAUCAUUUUUUUUUAAAUGUUGAAAAUACUUGAAUUU